CGCCCACACUGACUCGAAGCACAUGAUUAGGGGUGUUUACCUGCGUGCUAUGCGUUGCACUGGCAUACAGCUAAUCUAGCUACUGCAUGCUAACAAGUCUCUCGCUUUAUAUUGAGGAAAAAUACAAUACCACAGUGAAAGACAGUUAGUCAGCCAAGUAUCGGACAAUAUACAUCGCAUCUUCCCUGGAUUACUGCGCGUGAGGAGAUCCAUCCUUGCAUUUGUGUGUAACGUUAGCUAGCUUGCUAGCUACUUAACAUCAAGCUAGCCUGUCAGACGGGCUGUUCGAAAGUGUGGUGAGACCAGAUGAACACGUUUUAACCCUCUCUGACCACCAAAUGAAAUCCUAAAUAUCUCCAGUCCCAGCCUUCAGACAGGCACUAUGGAGGAGUCAGAUGUGGAGCAGGUGACCCUGGCCCUGCUGGAUUCAGCCAAUGACAAGGACCCAGUGGUCAGGGAGCAGGUCAGGAAGUCCAUACUGACCCUGGGGAAGCAGCAGCCUAACAAGGUCCUGUCCAUGUGCCAGGACUACCUGGUCAAGCACCCCAAGCUUGUCAUUGGGCACAGAGUUGUCAUACUGCAGACGAUUGAGCUGAUUGUGAAGACCAAGAUAGACGAUAUCAGUUACCCGAAAAUCAAAAGCAUAAUUUCUUUGGCCUCCGAUGAAAUGACCCGAUCAAAGGAUGUUGUACCUGAUUGGCAACAGGCAGCCAGCAAUAUUCUGGUUGCUGUGGGAAACAAGUACAUCAAUGACAUCAUGGAGGAAAUCCUCAGCAAGUUCCAGCCAGGGAUCCUCCCUCAUUUUUUUGUGGUCCAAACAUUAGCAAGCCUCUCUGAAUCCAAUGUUUAUGGUAUGGUGCCGUUUCUCAAUGCCAUCUUGGGCACCAUGCUCCCUAUGCUUGGCAUGGCCAAGCAGGACAACAUGAAGUGGGUGUUCUCCUCCGCUCUGUCCCACUUCAGUGAGAGUAUUCUGGAGUACCUAGCCAACCUGGACAAAGCUCCCGACCCGACGGUGAGAAAGGACACGUUCUCCAGCGACAUCUACGCGGCCUACGAUAUCCUCUACUGCAGCUGGCUCCAGAGCAGGGAAUCCAAGCUACGACUGACAGUGGCAGAAGCAGUGGGAUGCAUGAGUCACCUGAUGGCCCAUGAUAAACUGGAGGAGCAGCUUCCCAAACUCAUUCCCACAAUCCUCUCCUUGUACAAGAAGAACACGGAGCAUUACGUCAUCAGUAAGAGCCUGUGUCAAGUUCUGGAUGCUUCUGUGAACAUGGGCAGCAGAGUUCUGGAGACUCAGAUCGACAGCCUGCUCACUACUCUAAACCAGCAGGUUUGUGCACCUGUUGACUACAGCAACCCACUGACGGUGAAAAAUCACAACGAGGUAUUGAGAUGCUUCAGCAUUCUAGCCAACACCUUCCCAGACCGGCUGGUCAUGUUUGUGCUUCAGAAACUGGAGAACAGUAAUGAGAGGAUCCGUAUGGGCUCCCUGGCCGUGCUCCGACACCUCAUCAACUCCUCCACAUCCAUUAUGGAGUCGAAGAAGCUUCUCAUCCUGGCCAGCAUCAGACAACCACUGGCUGACCACAGCAAUAAGGUGAAGAAGAGGGUUGUCCAGGUGAUCAGUGCCAUGGCUCACCAUGGUUACCUGGAGCUGGAGGGAGGAGACCUGCUGGUCAAGUUUAUCAUCCAACACUGUGCUCUCCCCGACACCUACUAUCGUCCAGGCCAGCGCCCCAGUGACCCGGAGGAAGUGACCAAUGAGGCGCUGCGGAGCAUGUGUGACAACACACUUCACCUCUUCACUACGACCGUGGGACGGCUGACUGACGUCCUGUGGCCCAUGCUGCUGUACUACCUGACCCCAGGUCAGUACUCCAACGCCACCACACCGCUCUGUAAGAGCCUCACGCUGCUGGGAACCAAGAAGAGAGCCUCCCAGGAGCCCAACUUCAACAUCGACUUCAACGAGCAAGUUAAUCUUCCCUCUCCACAUAUACUGAUGGUGCGGCUCUUGGUGAAUGGUUCGUUCCCGUUCCGGAGUCGUGGCCAUGGUGCACCGUCUCUGUCUCUACUGAACGUUAUAAGUCCUAAUAUCCACCCCAACGCUGAGACACUCUGGGAGAAGGAGAUCCCUGCUCUCCUCAGCUACCUGGAAGAGUCUACCCCAGAAACACUAGACAACAAGAAAUGGGAAGAGAGUCUAUUACAGUUCCUAGCCAAGUCCCUGGUGGCCAUAGCUGAUGACAAGUGGAGCUGUCAGCUGGCUAUAGAGGCCACACGUUACCUGUCCACCUAUAACCAGUCCCUGGAAGAGAAGCGUUUCCUCUACAGGUGCGUUGGAGUGACCCUGCAGCAGUGUUCCAAUAAGGAGGUGGUCCAGAAGCAGCUCCAAGAGAUACUGAUCAGUGCACGACACAACGACGCCAUCGAGAGAGCGGGUGUCGCCAUGGGGAUCGGGCUGUGUGCAAGCAGUCAUCUCGAUGCCACUCUGGCCAAACUGGACGACUUCGGGAAAUCUGACGCCUUCAAGAAAGCCUCAGGAAUAUUCAGCCUGCUCAAAGACAAGAAUGACUUGGAUGUAGAGAAGAUGAAGAGCACGCUGAUCCUGUGUUACGGUUACGUAGCGCUCCACGCCCCAGAGGACCAGAUCCUGUCCCGCAUCGACUCAGACAUCCUCCGCAGCAUCAGUAAGCACUUCAACACCAAGGUUCUGGGAAUUAAAAUAGAGACCAAGGACCUGACCAUGAAGCUGAGUCUGAUUCAGAGUGUGGGGCUCAUAGCCAAGGCCAUCAGCACCGUCGUACGCAAUCAGGGCUACAUGUUUGUCCGCAAGCAGGAACUCAUGGGAGUCAUGAUGGAUUUUAUCAAGGCAGAACCCACGGAUGCCAUGCGGACUCCGGUUCGCCACCUUGUGAUGACCACGUGUGCCAACCUCAUUAACCUGGAGCCGGCGCUGACGGAGAAUGAGAACUUUGAUAUGCUGCGGACGUGUCUGAACGGUGUGUACGGCCUUCCCCCGGUGAACACUCCGGACAAGGACAGGGGAAAAGACGAGGAGGUGCUGGAGCCCCAACAGAGAGAGGCGUUAUACAAAGACACCUUCAAUGCUCUUCAGGAGUUAUUGAGGAAUAUUCUUGUAAGAGACCUGAGUCCAGACGGACUCCAGAGUGUAUUCAAGCACAUUGAGGAGUGGUUGAGUUCUGGUCAGGAUCAUGAGAGGGAGAGGGCGAUGAACACCACCGCUCACAUCCUGGAGUUCUACUUCAACAACCUCCACGUCAAAAACAUGGUAACCUUCCACAACCUGGGAUCUCUCCUGGGCCGCCUGGCCCCCCGAUGCACCGACCCCAACCCCCUGGUCCGCAGGGCAGCCAUCGACUGCAUCUACACACUGCUCUACAUCCAGCUACGCUACGAAGGCUUCUCUCUGGACUAUACAGACGACUCGGUGGAGAGACUGAUCACACUGAGGGAGAGCAUGGACAACCCAGACCACUCUGUCCUCUACAAGACCUGCUCCGAGCUGGCCAAGAUCAUCAGUAAGCGUCUGCCCCAGCAGCAGCUCAACACUCUGAUCUUCAUGUUGUUUGAGGGGCUGGUGGACUCCCAGUCUAACUGCUCCAGAGCCUCCAGUGUUCUACUCAACACCCUGCUGAAGCACAGAGGAGCUGGACUACAAGACCUGGUAUCAGAGAUGCUGGAGGUGCUUCACAUCCGUCUGCAGAUGAUCAGUGAGGAGCAGGUGAAGGUGUCUGUGGCCCAGUCCAUCCUCAUCCUGGCUACACAGCACCUCCAGACUGUCAUCAACACACUCAUCUCCUACCCCCUGCCCUUCGACAGUUGGAGCUGUGAGAUGUGGAUUGCCCUGGGGGCAGACAGUAAACUGGCCUCUCAGAUCAUGGAGAUGCUGAUGGAGAAGCUCAACAUCAUGGUGCCCUACGUGGACAAGAAGGAGUCCAUGAUGAGAGGAGGCCUCACCAAGGUGGCCACCAGUCACCCUCUAGCUAUGACCUGUGCCCUGAAGGAGAUGAUGCUGAACGGCCAGAGCCAGGAUGCCGUGGUGUCCCUGUUCCCCCAGCUCUUCAGCUCCCUGCUGGUCCGCCUGGGCUCCAGCCUGGGGGUCACACUACCCAAAGACAUCAACAGCUUCGGAACAAACAGAAAGAGCCCCACCAAACUGUCCGCCGGCUUCGACGUGUGCGGGGUAGCGGUGGAGGCGCUGCGGAUCCUCCUGGCCCGG